AUGAGCGGAACGCAGGAGGAUGAGGAGGAAACCAAUGAAGCAAAAAUUCGUAUCGAGGAAGAUAAUAACGCAAUUCCAGAGGAAGGAGGACAGGUCAAUCAAAAACAAGGUUUAAAGGCCGCGAAGGGGAAGGUUGCUGAAGGAAAUGAAAUGACAAAGAAUAAAAAGGAAACUCCCACGACAAAGGAGAAGCGAAUUCCACGAGAAGGAGGGAAGAUGAACCGGUCAAGAGGCAAAAAGGCACAGAGACAAGAGGUCGAGGAAAGCGUUGAAAUACAAAAUUCACCAAAUAAAUUUAAAGAAAGUCGCGAAGACGAGGAGAUGGACCGGUUAAAGGAAGAACUUUACCAAGAGAGGCGGAGGAAAGAGGAUGUGGUCAGGGAACGAAUAAGGUUAGAAAGGGAAAAUGAGAAGUUGAUCAUCAGAAAUAAUCAUUUGAAAAAGAAGCAUGCAAAUAGUAAUAUGCAGGAGGAGAGAUAUGCUAUGGGAGAAGCACGAACUAAAGAAAGACAUUACACGCGAAAACUAGAAGUCCUGGGACGAGGUGAGCAAAAUGAGCGAGAAGACUUGAAGAAGGCCAUAGAAAGCAGCAGAAGAGAAUUCAGGGAAAGGGAGUAUCGAAUGCAACAAUCAAUAGCAGUUACUCGAGGAAGAAACAAUAUCCCCAAGGAAAGGAGAUAA